GCGGGGAGGGGCGGGGGGAGGGGGGCUGGGAAAGUUGAGGCCGCGCUGCCGCCGGGUCUCCGGCCUUGAGGGCUCGGGCUCGCAGCGGCGGCGGUGGCCGCAAGAAGAGGCGGCGGGGGCGGGGGGAGAGGAGGGCCUGGGCCCGCGCUCCCCCAGCCCCAGAGGAGCAGGCGGCGGCCGCGGACGGAGAGAUUCGCCCCGGCGGUCGGACACCCCUGCCAUACCCGCCUGGGAUCAUGACCCAGGCGGGGGUCGCCGCCGCCGCUGCCGCCGCGGCCGAGACCGCGCAGCCCGCGGUAAGAAGAAGACAUAACUUAUAGACCAUCUUCUGGCAGAAGAUGAUAGAUUUGGAUCAGAAACAGGAGGCGUUGGAAGCCAGGAAUCAAAAGUGAAGAAAUUCUGCAAGCCCUUGGGUGAGAAAGGUUCCUAUCACUGUAAUCAUGCCAGAAAUGACAGAGAAUGAGACUCCUACAAAAAAGCAGCACAGAAAGAAAAACCGGGAGACACACAAUGCAGUGGAGAGGCAUAGAAAGAAGAAAAUCAAUGCUGGAAUAAAUAGGAUAGGAGAGCUGAUCCCGUGUUCCCCUGCCCUCAAACAGAGCAAGAAUAUGAUCCUGGACCAAGCCUUUAAAUAUAUAACAGAAUUGAAAAGGCAAAAUGAUGAACUCCUGCUUAAUGGAGGAAACAAUGAACAAGCUGAAGAAAUUAAAAAGCUACGUAAACAACUGGAAGAAAUUCAAAAAGAAAAUGGUCGAUAUAUCGAAUUACUGAAAGCAAAUGACAUAUGCCUAUAUGAUGACCCCACAAUCCACUGGAAAGGAAAUCUUAAAAACUCAAAGGUCUCUGUUGUUAUUCCCAGUGAUCAGGUUCAAAAAAAUAUCAUUGUUUAUUCCAAUGGGAGUCAGCCUGGUGGAAAUAGCCAGGGAACAGCUGUUCAGGGGAUAACCUUUAAUGUUGGUCAUAAUUUACAAAAGCAGACCGCCAACGUGGCACCAGUACAGAGGGCUUGCAAUCUGGUGACUCCUGUGUCUAUUUCUGGAGUUUACCCUCCUGAAAACAAGCCAUGGCAUCAAACCACAGUUUCUGCAUUGGCCAACCAGCCUGUUCCUCUUUGUCUUCCUGCUACCAUUUCUGCUCAAAACAUUCUCGAGCUUUCCACCUCUGAAAGUGAAUCGAGUGUGCUUGGUGCCACCAGUGGCUCACUGAUUGCUGUUCCCAUUGGGCCUGAAGCCCACCAACAUCGUCCCUUGCACACAUGUCUGAAUGAUCAGAAUUCUCCUGAAAAUAAGAAUGGGCAAGAGAGCCCCAAAUUAGUGAGGAAAACAGUCCCUUGUGCCACAAGCAUCCCUACCGCUUCCUCGGCGACUGCUGCGAAAGUACACCAUGGAAGUAAGUCCUGCCUGAGCAUACAGGAUUUCAGAAAUGAUUUUCAAACCACCUUCGUUGUUUCAGUUACCACCACAGUCUGCUCCCAGCCCCCCAGGUCUGCAGGUGAUUCCUGUCCAGUGAGCAUUAGCAAGGGCGCAGACUCUGCAGCUGUUACUACAGUGGUGGCCCCCUCUGCCCCCGGAGGAGGGAAGACCGCCGCUCCCGUAAGCACUCUCUCUGCAAGCCCUUUGGAAAGUUGGACACUUUCUUGUUCUUUGCCUUCUUCAAGUGUUAGCGCUUCAGAUUUAAAAAACAUGAAUAGCCUUACCCGAAUCUCCUCCGCUGGAAACACACAGACAACAUGGACUACUCUGCAACUGGCGGGAAACACUAUUCAACCCUUGAGCCAGACACCGUCUUCUGCUGUGACUCCAGUAGUAAAUGAGUCUGGUCCCAGCCCUACCACAGCCAACCACAGGAGACCCGUCGCUACAGGUGUUAACUUGAGUAAUUCCUUUCCAGCAGAUGGGCAGGCAGUUGAGCAAGUGGUUGUAACCUUGCCUUCUUGCCCGUCUUUACCUAUGCAGCCGCUGAUUGCCCAACCACAAGUUAAAUCUCAGCCUCCAAAAAAUAUCCUUCCUUUGAAUUCAGCAAUGCAGGUUAUUCAGAUGGCUCAGCCCGUUGGGUCGGCUGUUAACACAGCUCCAGGUAAUCAAAACGUUAUCAUUCUCCAGCCCCCCAGCACGACCCCUUGCCCAGCGGUGAUGAGAGCAGAGGUUCCCAACCAAACCGUGGGUCAACAGAUAGUGAUCAUACAGGCAGCUAAUCAGAACCCCUUGCCGCUCCUCUCUGCUCCACCUCCUGGUUCUGUUCGACUCCCUGUCAAUGGAGCCAGUCCUCUAAUAGGGUCUAAUAAUUCAGUGCAGAAUGUUUCAACCCCACAGACUUUUGGAGGAAAGCAUCUUGUCCAUAUUUUACCAAGACCUUCAUCUUUAGCAACAUCUAGUUCAACACAAACUUUUUCUGUUACCAUGUCAAACCAACAGCAGCCUCAAACCAUUUCUUUAAAUGGACAGCUCUUUGCUUUGCAGCCUGUGAUGUCCUCAUCAGGAACUACAAAUCAAACCCCUAUGCAAAUUAUCCAACCCACCACCAGCGAAGAUCCAAAUACCAACGUUGCCCUGAAUACGUUUGGAGCUUUGGCCAGCCUCAAUCAAAGCAUAUCGCAGAUGGCUGGGCAAAGCUGUGUACAGUUGUCUAUUAGCCAGUCUGCCAAUCCUCCGACUGCUGCAAAUAGUCAGACCACCCCAGUUAACAAUGUUUCAUUAACAACAACUGUGGCAUCUCCUGUGACAACUGAUAAUUCGGCCACACUACCCAGUGCUUACAGUCUAAUAACUACUCCCUCCGUGAACGCCGUAGCUUGUUUACCUAAUGUGAAGUCGAAAAGGUUGAAUAAGAAGCCAGGUGCCAAGAAACACUUCGCAGCUAACAAGUCGGCGUGCCCCCUGAAUCCAGUCAGAGAUGUGGGCAAGUUUGACUGCGCCAGCACUGACGCCACAGCGGAACCAUCGUGUAAUAAUGACGGACUGCUGGAAAGCCUCCCUGUUGGGUUACCGUCUGUCGCCGGGUCCCAGGCAAACAGUGUAAGUGUUUCUGGUGCACAUUCUAUGGACGUUCUGAAUUCUGAGUCAGUGAUACCUGAAUCUCUACCCAAAUCUAAGUCAGGAGAAGAGACUAGCUUGCCCUCCCAAGAAUCUGUACCGAGUGAACAUUUUGUCAUGGCCCCAGCAAAAUCCAAAGAUUCUGCCCCCAUUUUGCAACGCGAGACCCCUCAGGAUAAGCCAGCAACUAGUUUGGCGUUGUCAGAUGCUGCCAAAUCCUGCACUUCAGCUAAUGUGUUGAUUCCAUCUCCGAAUGAUCCCCACGUUUUGGUUUCUCAGGUUUCUGGUCUGUCAUCUACCGCCAGCACUGCCGGUACGGACUGUGUUUCUGAGGUAGAGGUCAUUGAGGAACCUUGCGGGGUAGAGCAAGAUUCACCUGAUACGUUGCAAGCGACGGGUCUCUUAAAGGGGCCGGGUUUGACUGCACUGCUUUCUGGUCUUGAGAAAGAGAAGGACCCUCAGAAACUCUCUCUUUCAGUCCAAGUGGACCAUCCUGACUUUUCUUCAGAAAACUCUAAAUUGGUUGAUGCAGGUGUCGAUUUACAUCCCAAACAGGAGCUCUUACUGAUGAGCAGUGACGAUAGAGACCCAGGGCCGCCUCACUCGUGCGUCCCUGAUCCGGAGGUCAUCAGUGGCUCCUUGCUGGUCAGCAGACAGGCGGACUCUCCCAUGUCAACCAGCUCUGGCAGCAGCCGUAGUUUCUCAGUGGCGUCCAUGCUUCCUGAAACGACUAGAGAGGAUGUCAGCAGCAGUACAACGACCAACACGUGUGACAGCUGUACCUUUGUAGAGCAAACUGACAUUGUCGCUCUUGCGGCAAGAGCUAUUUUUGACCAGGACAGCCUUGAGAAGGGAAGAGCUGGCAGCCAGGCUGACAUAAGGGAUGUCACUUCGAAGCCUGCUGAAGCAUCGCCUCUAGAGGGGGACCAGCCUUUCAAAACACAGGUAUCUAAAGAGGGUGGCGCAGGACAGGCAGAAGCAACACCAAAUGAAUUUACUUCUCAGGAUUCGAUUGAAGCCACAGUGGAUCGGCCCCUUGGGAAACCAAGUUGUUCUGUGGGAAUGAAAACAUCCAGUGCCUCUUUACAGGUUUCAACCUCUCAGUCACCAAGCAUCACCAGUUUGAGCGUGAAUAAUCUUAUCCACCAGAGCAGCAUCAGCCAUCCUCUGGUCAGCUGUGCUGGUUUGCCCCAAACUUCAGAGCAAACAACUGUUCCUGCAACAGUUAAUCUGACGGUGGCAUCUAGCUCCUACACCGGUCAGCCUCCCGGACCAGCUCUGAUGACCGAUUAUACCCAGGAACAGCUCAGCACCAUAACUGGCACCAUAGCAAAUCCACAGAUCCAAGAGCCCCUCUUAAAGCCAAGCCAGGAAAGCCGCAAAGACUCUGCUAAGCGUGCUGUCCAAGAUGACCUUGUAUUGUCUUCGGCUAAACGUCAGAAGCAUUGCCAGCCAGCCCCGCUGAGGCUUGAGGCAAUGUCCCUGAUGAGCCGAACUCCAGACAGCAUUUCUGAUCAGGCUCAGAUGAUGGUCAGUCAGCUCCCUCCCAACUCUGCGAACUCUGUGGUGCCCAUCAGCAACCCAGCACAUGGGGACGGCCUCACCCGACUGUUCCCACCUAGUAACAAUUUUGUGGCCCCCGCAUUGAGACAAACGGAAGUGCAGUGCAGCUCUCAGAAUUCGGUCGCUGAGCAGCAGCAGACCCAGGCCAGUCAACAUCUCCAGGCCCUGCAGCAGCAUGUUCCGGCCCAGGGGGUGUCCCACCUGCACAGUAACCACCUCUACCUAAAGCAGCAGCAGCAGCAGCAGCAGCAGCAAGCAGUGCGAGAGAGGCAUCACCUGUAUCAGCUGCAGCAUCACAUACCUCACGCAGAGAGCUCUGUCCACUCUCAGCCCCAUAACGUCCACCAACAGAGGACUCUACAACAGGAAGUUCAGAUGCAGAAAAAGCGGAAUCUUGUUCAGGGCACUCAGGCCUCUCAGCUUGCCUUGCAACCAAAGCACCCUGGAACUGAUCAGCCCCGGCCCAAGAGCGGUCAGCCACACCCCCACCAUCAGCAGAUGCAGCAACAGAUGCAGCAGCACUUCGGAAGUUCGCAGCCGGAGAAGAGUUGUGAAAACCCUUCGGCCAGCCGGAACCACCAUAACCAUCCCCAGAACCAUCUCAGUCAAGAUCUUCUGCACCAGCAGCCGGAUGUUGGGAGCAGGCAGCAAGGUUCAGGGGUUUCUUCGGAACACGUAUCUGGGCAUAACCCAAUGCAGAGGCUUCUGACAUCAAGAGGCAUGGAGCAGCAAAUGGUUUCCCAGCCAAGUAUUGUGACGAGACCUUCAGACAUGACCUGUGCUCCACACAGGCCAGAGAGAAAUAGGGUUUCAAGUUAUUCUGCUGAGGCACUCAUUGGAAAGACGUCUUCUAAUUCCGAGCAGAGAAUGGGCAUAUCAAUUCAGGGUUCCAGAGUUUCAGAUCAGCUUGAAAUGAGAAGCUAUCUUGAUGUUCCCAGGAAUAAGAGCUUGGCCCUUCACAAUAUGCAGGGUCGGGUGGACCAUCCCAUUGCCCCGGAGAUCCGCCUUUCUGACUGUCAGACGUUUAAACCAAGUGGAGCCAGUCAACAGCCCCCGAGUAAUUUUGAAGUACAGUCCUCAAGAAAUAAUGAAAUAGGUAACCCUGUAUCAUCCCUGAGGACUAUGCAGUCCCAGGCUUUUCGAAUCAGUCAAAACCCUGGUCCACCACCAAUCGACCGCCAAAAGAGAUUACCUUAUCCACCGGUUCAGAGUAUCCCAGCAGGAAAUGCCAUCCCACCAAGGGACAGUGAAAACACAUGCCACCAGAGUUUCAUGCAGAGCUUACUUGCCCCUCACCUUGGUGAUCAGGUCCUUGGAACACAGAGACCACUCUCGGAACAUCAGAGGAACACACAGUGUGGUCCAUCCUCUGCCAUUGAAUAUAAUUGUCCCCCAGCUCAUGAAAGUGUACAUAUUAGAAGAGAGAGCGAGAGUCAGAACAGGGAAAGCUGUGACAUGUCCCUAGGUGCAAUUAACACCAGGAACAGCACCUUGAAUAUUCCUUUCUCCAGUUCUUCUUCUUCAGGAGAUAUUCAAGGUCGGAACACAAGUCCCAAUGUUUCUGUGCAGAAGUCCAAUCCCAUGAGGAUAACUGACAGUCAUGGGACCAAGGGCCACAUGAACCCUCCAGUCACAACCAACAUGCAUGGGGUUGCAAGGCCAGCUCUGCCCCAUCCAUCUGUGUCUCACGGAAAUGCUGAGCAAGGGCCUCCUGUACGUCCAACUAACUCUUCAGUUCCCCAGCGAUCAAGGCAUCCCUUGCAAGACAGCAGUGGUUCCAAAAUCCGUCAGCCUGAAAGGAAUCGUUCUGGAAACCAAAGACACAGUAAUGUCUUUGAUCCGAGUCUUCCCCAUCUUCCUCUGUCUACUAGUGGCAGUAUGAUUCUUGGACGCCAGCAGCCCACUACAGAGAAGAGAGGAAGUAUUGUUCGUUUCAUGCCCGAUAGCCCACAAAUACCUAACGAUAAUUCGGCACCUGACCAGCAUACACUAUCACAAAAUUUCGGUUUUCCUUUUAUUCCUGAGGGUGGCAUGAAUCCACCAAUAAAUGCUAAUACUUCUUUCAUUCCACAGGUAACUCAGCCUAGUGCCACUCGAACGCCAGCUCUCAUCCCUGUAGACCCCCAGAAUACUCUACCCUCCUUCUAUCCCCCGUACUCUCCUGCUCAUCCUACACUGUCCAAUGAUAUUUCAAUCCCGUAUUUUUCCAAUCAGAUGUUCUCAAAUCCUAGCACUGAGAAAGUCAACAGUGGAAGCCUAAAUAACCGAUUUGGAUCAAUUCUGUCUCCUCCCAGGCCUGUUGGUUUUGGUCAACCAAGUUUUCCUCUGCUCCCUGAUAUGCCGCCAAUGCACAUGACCAACUCUCACUUGUCCAACUUUAACAUGACAUCUUUGUUUCCAGAAAUAGCUACAGCUCUUCCGGAUGGCUCGGCAAUGUCACCUUUGCUUACCAUAGCAAACUCCUCUGCCUCCGACUCUUCCAAGCAGUCCUCAAACAGACCUGCCCACAACAUAAGCCAUAUUUUAGGUCAUGACUGCAGUUCAGCUGUCUGAAUUUUGAUAGACUACAUGUCCAUGUAUCGGCUGAGACUACAGAUAUGUUUGUGUGCGUGUGCACACGUAAUGCACAUGGAGAGGGAGAUCGUGUGUGUGUGUAUAUCUGUGUUUGUAUGAUCAAUUUCCAGUUACCUUCUGAAUGUAGGGAAGUCACGUCAGAAAUGAUGCAAAUCAUGGGUUGUCAAAAACAAAUUAUCUUUUCAUUUUUAACUGCACGGUGUGCUUUUUAAAUUUUCUGAACGGAGUUAGAUUUUCAAGUUUGAUUUGGAAUCUUAUAUUCCCUAAAUACUAAUCAGCUGUAAGUUGGAAGAGAUCCUUUUGGCAUGUGCUGAGUAGUAAGAAAGAACCCAGAUUUUAAACUUGAUUGUUGAUCAUUUGUAAAAUAGGUACUUGAGAUAGUUGAAUUGCUCUCCAAAAAUCCAGACACUUUGAUGCAAUGCAAUGGCACAUCACCAAAUGCUUGGCCGAUAUCCGCAUCUAGAACAGUUUCUUACCCAUGGCAGGUGUUGAAUUAAUAUGAAAUGAAUGUCCAUGGUUAAAGUCAAGCAGUUAGCAGGUAAAUGAGUUGUUUAAUCAGCCUUUACUCCCAAGGUCUGGUUUAGGUAGAGGCUUCCUUCUUAAUUAUAACAAUCCAUCGGUUAUCUGAAUUUAAUGUCUUUUCUUCACAUUAGAGAGCCAUUUUAUCUUUUAAUGUGCCAAGAUCCUAGAACACAAAGGUCUUCCUUACUUAGCCUUAAAAAUAGCAAUCUAAAAAGCAAAGUACAUAGACAUUCUCCAUUUUGCGCUUGCAUUUUGCAUCGGGUCAUAAGGGGAAAGCAGUUGUAUUGUGGAGUUUCACUUGUGUUCAGUUAAAGAUUGUCGUUUCAUCAGUUAAAUUUUGUUUCAGUAUUCUCUCUUCAUUCUGUUCAUUUGAUCCUGAAAUAAUUUCUUUUAUAUUUGUUUAAUCAUUAGGGACUGCUCAGUAAAUAGUGUUUGGAAUCUACACGAUUAUUUGAGCCUUACUUUUUAAAUAUUUCUGAGCAGAGUCUUAAGCUCUGUCAGUAUUUUCACUUACUGAUAUUUAUAUUUAAAAUAUGGCAUUGUAUGUUACAUUAUUACCCUUCAUAGUAGACUUAUAAUGAGAAGAUGAAUUUGUUCAUUAUUUUUCCUGAUGGCAGAUGUGAAAUGGUGCUUCAGAAAAUUGUCUUUGUAUAUGUUCAGGUGUGUGUAUGUAUGUGCAUGUGUGUGUGUGUGUGUGUGUGUGUGUGUGCACAGACAUAGAUUUUAAAGUAUAAGCUGGUCCUUCAAAAAUUGUCCUGCCAUCUGGAAAUGGAAAUUGUGACCUGAGACUCACUGAAGUAUUGGAAAACUUGAUGUCAGGGUUUUUAAAAGCCCCUUAGAAGUUAAUUUUGUACACACAUGUGCACACACACGCACACACACACACACACUAAUAUAUUGAAUUUAGAAAACUUAAAGCCUAUGAAAACAACCAUAUAUACUCAUAUUCUCAAACCUAUUUGUUGUUGUUGUUAUAUUCUGCCAAAUAGGGGAUGGAGUGGGAGAGAGACAUGUAAAUGGUUCCGUCUGCUCUGUUAAUAAAGGCAACCCAAGGACCAGCAUUUUAUUUUUUUCCUCCUCAAAAAUGCCUCCUCAGGCUGGGUCAGAGCAGUUAACUCUGGCGAAUACCUCUAGUGAAGACUCAGUAAAAGGGUCAUGUGUGCCUCUUGAACUAUAUUUACCAAACCUUCCUCUCUCUUCCUGCUGCCCACUGAAGCAGCCUCCUGGGGGCAAAAAAAAAAAAAAAAAGAGUUAUAAACAAGAAAAGCUGUAUUUUUACCUUCAAAAUGGUCAUGGUGAAGAAUAGGAGUUACUCAAAUAAGACAACAGAUAAACACAGUAGUUAGAACUUGUAAUUGGGAAAAAAGUGAGAUUCGUGGCUUGUUUUUAAACUAAUUACCUUAACUGAGUUUUAAGUUAUGACAUUUGGGUUUUUCUCUGUACUUGAAAGGUCCAACCUGCCAAUUUCAAGAAGGAUAGUGUUCACUAUGUUGGGCUCUUCUCCCUCCCUCCCUCCCUCCCUCUCCCUGUCACUCUCUCUGCCUUUCACAUACACAUACAAGUGCACACACGCACAGCGUGGCGGUUGUUGAGUUCUGAAGAACUGGGCACUGUUCGAUAUAAUUAGAACAAUGGUAACAGGCUAAGGAGAAGAUCAAUUUGAACUUCGCAGUAGAAAGGCCUGAAAGGUUGGUACUGUCAGCUGUUCCUCUGUUGGAUUGAUUUUCUUUUUCCGCUCAGCCCAGUUCAGAGAUAGCAUUUCCGUUUUUUUGAGCUUUCAUUCCAAGCACAUAAUACUUUGAUCCCAAAUCAGCCUCUACCCUUCAGGAAAGCUUAUUUGACCAUCUGAAGAAAGAUGUGACCAUCUGCAAAUGGUUUGGCUUCUGCUUAUGUGUAGCUCUAGUUAUCUUACAGAUGUGCAUGUGUAUGUAAGAGAUCGUCGUAUAUGUGGACUCAAUUCUGAAAGUGUUCAGAGCAUAGUAAUCUUAUUUGAUUGAAAAGCAUGAGUGUAUGAGAUUUACCAGCUGUAUAUUAAGCAUUUGGUAAUCAGAGCUACAUGAUUUUGGGGAGGAAAUUCAUUAUUUAAUAUCUAGCGGUCUCUGGAUAUAAUUUUUGGCAAAAGUGUGACAGGAAACAGUCAAUUUUGGUUAUAGUAAAUUUAUUGUUAUUUUUGGCUUGGCUUGCUAAUAUAGAACUGGGUCUAUAGAAUGUAAAAACAAUUUCCAUAAAUUUUUGAUUUCUUAAGUACACAAACAUAUACAAAUGUAUGAAUCAAAGUGAGAAUCAUUAAUUAAAUUAUUUCUAUCUCUUUUAGUGUUGUUGAUCACAGAAUCAAUUAGAGAAAGUGAUUUCUCUAAAGAUUUAACACAGUAGCUUCUAAUGAGGUGAAAAAUUUCAGAUUUCUCAUGUAUAAAUUUCUGAUGUGUCAAUCAUGGAUAAAAGAAAUCAAGUUUGAUGUCUUUUUUUUUUUUUUUGGUACAUACUGGUUGUUUGGGCGAUAUUUUAUACCAUUUAAGAAAGUUUAUUUUUGUUUAUAUUGGAAGACCUUUUGGAGGGACCAGGGAUGGUACCUUUUUUCUAAGUAAGGAGUGAUAUUCCACAGUGAUCAUGCUUUUUAAAAUUUAACAUAAUAGAACUGUGGAAGGAGAAGAAUGAGGAGGGAAUAUUCUUCUGCAGCAAUUUCCAGUUACAUAUCAGGGUGAAUUGCAAUAAAGAUCAAUUUUUAAAAAUCAGCCUUUUUUGGGGUUUGUUUUCCUAAUCAGCCUUCUGAAAAUAUAAAAUUAUUUAAAUGCUUUAAAGAAAAUUUAUUUGCCUUGCUCUUGCCUUCUAACAUUAUCCAUGUCAUGGAAAGGCUAAAAUUUAUAUUCAAAAAAAAAAAUGUGCAAACACAUUUAUUUUAAUGGGAGUGAAGUUUUAAAAAUUUGAGAAAAAGUAAAGACUUACUAACCAGCAUCUUCUUGGCUUUACCCUUCCUCUGAUCUGUAGGUACCUACACUCCUUUUUUCUUCCAUCUGCUCCAUGUCAGACAGACAGCAGGGAGCCUGUUUAUUUCCUUAGGAUGAUUACUUCUCUGCCUUUAAAGGUUUAUUGGGCCCAUCCAUCUCUUGGAUCAUUGUUUGAUAUAAUGAGUCGUGCUCCUAUAUCUGAUUCCCAAUUCCUGGCUUCGGGAACCACUGUAUCUCCUGUUCUAUCAAGAGGUAACAAGAAUUUCUUGAAACAAAAUUAGAAUUAAUUUAAAAUUUUGAAUAUACCAUAGAGUUCUGUUCCUUGUUUUGAUGAAUUUCCUUUCUUCCCAUGGAGGAGUUUCAGAAAGCGCGAAGGUGGUACUAAGAUCAGAUAGCUUUGGGUUGAUAUCUUUAGGAAUCUGGAAGUCAUAGUACUGUUGUCUGUAUAAAUUCUCCCUUUGUCCGGAGAUAAUUGCUUAUGGUUGUAUACAUCCAGAGGGCAAUAAUAAUAGCCAAAUAAACUAGUAUGAAGUUAAUCUGUGAGUGAUGAUUUUAUGAUACCUAUAUGCAAAUUAAAGGCCAGAAAUUCAUUUCUUCUUGAAGUACAUUUUGGGCUAAAUGCUCCCCACAGAAAAGGGUCCCUUUUUUGGGGGGGGGGGGGGCUUAACUGUAUUCUCUCUGCAUUCUACCCUUCCUCCCUUCCUAUGUGAGCCAGACAGUGUUUUUACCAGAGUCUGUGGGGGAACACCAAGUUUAGAUGGAGGCAGUCCAGCAUGAGGACCUUCUUGGACACGGAGCUUCUAGUUCUGCCCACAUGCCUCCAUCCUGGUACUGCACUUUACUUGAAACUGUGCCUCUGGUCCGAAGACCAGCCAUUGGAACAUACUACUCACCCACUCCUCUGUUACAUAGCAAAGGACCAGCCAGAAUGGUAUGUGCUGUGUAAUCAAACACCUAGAAGACAAGAACAGCUGUUUCUCACUGUUGCCUUAUCAUCCUCUGAGCCAUCUUUGAUGCCGAGCUUGUAAAAAAUGUACUGCUUAGAAGCAAAACUCCUUUUAAAGUCUGAGCUUGUAGGUGGUGGUCAUUCAACACCGUUAUUUCCAUACUGGCACAAACCCUGUCAACUGUACGGCUCAGGGGCAGGCAUGCUUUCAGAUGCUUCAUAAACACGAGCCAACUUGGGUUGAGAGUAUUGGAUAAAAUACUCAAAUUGGUGUUGUUUUGGAUGAUAGUCUGCAUCAUCUGUCACCGGAGAUCUCAUGAGACAUAGAAUCUCUAUCUUGUAAUUUAAUACUUUUUAAAAUGAUCAUAAGGUGUGGGGUUUUUGCUUUUGGGUUUUUUUUUUUUUUUUUUGGCUCAGUUGUGUGUACAGCUCUACACCAUACUCUGUUACAGAAACUUAAGAGUUCCCUCCAUCUCACUUCUUCCUCACUUCUCUGGAUCUCUUUAUCCCCAUCCCUUAAGUCUUAAAACCAUUCUCAUUUGUGGGGUCAUCGAGGCACUGGACUUGACUAUAUUGGUAACCUUUAAGGGAGUUGAACGGUUGAUCUUCCAAGAAGAAAGGGACCAGACAGUGUUGCUUAAAAUGCUGCAGUUGUGUUACUGUGAAGAAAAGAUUCACUUCCAUGUUCAGCAGGCCAUAUACACACACCCACACACGCAUACAUGCACACACACACGUGCACACACAUUUUGGUAAAAUAGGUGGAAAAACCUGCGAACAUAAUUACCUUCGCAAAUUAUUUAAAGAUACACUGGGUGAGAGGCUUACUGUAGAGCAGUCACCAGAAAAAAAAACCUAACUGUAGUUUUUCAAUAGUGUAAUAUUUGUAUCUAUUCCCAUGCCAGCGAUGUCUGCUGUGUACUGUGUCCUAUUACUGUAAAUCACCUGGUUUAUAAUUCUAAUGGGAACUAAUUUGUUUUGUAAUGGAAUCCAGAGCAGAUAUGUAUAAUAUGAUCAGGAUUGUCCUACAGUUGUAAAUAAGAAUAGGUCCUGUUUAUUUUGACAUCUUUUUACAAAUGCAUUGUAUUAGGGUGUGAAUAUUCUGAACCAUGCUCUUGUUUAAAGUUUUGAAAUUUUUAUUGGUAAAUGUAACAUUUUAAUGGUUGUAAUAAUUAUUUGUAUAGAUAUGAAUAUAGUAUUUUAUUUAAGAAAAUAAACUUUGCAUUUUUGCAUUGUGAA